AUGCCGAAGACUAAAAUACCGAAAGACCAAAGCCCGGAAGACCAAAAACAAGGUACCGAAAAAACACGGGCCAAAAAGACCAAAGACCGAAAAAAAGGAACCAAAAAACCAAGAACCGGAAGACCAAAAACCAGUUACCGAAAAACCACGGGCCAAAAAGACCAAAAACCGGAAAAAAAGAACCAAAAGACCGAGAGACCGGAAGACCAAAAACCAGUUACCGAAAAACCACGGGCCAAAAAGACCAAAGACCGAAAAAAAAAGAACCAAAAGACCAAGGACCGGAAGACCAAAAAAACAGGUACCGAAAAACCACGGGCCAAAACGACCAAAUACCGAAAAAAAGGACCAAAAGACCAAAAGACCGAGAGACCGAAAGACCAAGCCAUUAACCCGAGGUCCUCCGACGUGCCCAUUUCCCGAUUUCACAUUCGCUGCGGGAGUUCUUCGCCGCCGUCGCUGGAUUCCGCGAAAUCCAUCGACGUUCUGGAGUGA